CGAGUAGACCGCCAGCAUUAACCACUGGAGUUUUAGAAGAUGGGCCUUUCCAUCUAUUCUUCAAAUGUUGGCAGUGGCCACUUCAUGGGCCUGGCUGGCAUAGGCGCAGCUUCCGGAAUUGCUGUUGGGGCCUUCGAAUGGAAUACUGUAUUUAUGCUCUUCGUGCUUGGCUGGAUAUUCGUUCCUAUCUACAGCAAGGCUGAGGUGGUGACGUUACCAGAAUACCUGAAGAAGAGGUUCGGCAGCGUCCGGAUCCAGCUGUUCUUUUCUUUCGUCUUCUUAAUCGUCUAUAUCCUCAGCAGGAUCUCGAUGGAGAUUGGUUUUGGCGCCAUGUUCUUGAAGAUGGUUUGGGACAUUGAUAUUUACCAGACAAUGUUGACCGUGCUGACCAUCACCGGCGUGUAUACCAUCACAGGUGGCCUGGCCACUGUGGUUUAUGUUGAGACCUUUCAAGCUGGCAUUAUGGUUUUGGGCUCAGCCUUGUUAAUGGGUUAUGCCUUUCAUGAAGUGGGAGGGUAUCAGGAGCUGGUGAAUAAGUACUCCAAAGCCAUCCCGAGUACGAUCCAGCAGGGGAACUGGACGGCCAAGCCAGAGUGCUACAAGCCUCGCGAGGACGCUUUCCAUGUCUUCCGAAGUUGUGUCUCUGGAGACGUCCCCUGGCCCGGACUCGUCUUAGGUGCCACUACCGUCUCCUUAUUCUAUGGGUGUGCUGAUCAGGUUUCUGUCCAGCGGUUUCUGGCGGGAAAGAGCCGGCUUCACAUGGAAGGUGGCUGCCUCUUGUGCGGCUACUUAAAGCUGCUUCCCAUGUUCCUCAUGGUGAUGCCAGGGAUGAUCAGCCGCGUCUUGUUCCCAGACCAAGUGGCAUGCGUCGUACCUUCGGAAUGUGAGAAGUUCUGUGGCAGAGGAACCGGUUGUAGUGCCCUGGCUUACCCGGUGCUGGUCUUAGGAGUGAUGCCUUCUGGCUUACAAGGCUUUAUGCUGUCCACGGUGUGUGCCUCUCUCAUGUCUUCCUUGACGUCCAUUUUCAACAGCUCCAGCGCCCUGUUCACGCUGAACAUCUACACCUGGAUCCGGCCCACCGCCACUGAGAAGGAGCUCAUGAUAGCCGGCAGGUUUUUCGUUAUAAUCUUACUUGCCGUCACCAUUGUCUGGAUCCCCAUUGUAGAAAUGGCCCCCAGCGAGACACUGUUUGAGUACAUGCAGAUUCUUAAGAGCUGUCUGACACCGAGCGUGACUGCCGUCUUCCUGCUGGCUGUGUUUUGCAAGAGGGUGAACGAGCAGGGUGCCUUCUGGGGGCUGAUUCUGGGAAGCACAAUUGGUGUCUUUCGACUGCUGGCUGAGUUUUACUAUGGCCCCCCGACCUGCAGGGAAGACCGCCAGUGUCCCAUAUUCAUCUGCGGCCUCCAUUACCUCUAUUUUGGCUUUUGCCUUCUCUUGGUCACCAUUCUGAUCAUACUGGCCAUCUCCUUAGCCACGGAACCGAUUGCAGAUGACCAUCUCCACGGUCUUUGCUGGGGUUUACGGAACAGCCAACAGAGGAGAGUGGCUUUAGACAAGGAUAUGAGGUGGAAGACCUUCCCCAGCUUCACAUCCCAGCCAGGUAUGUUUGGAGAGGCCCACACCUGCAUCUGGAAGUUCUGGGACUUGUUCUGUGGUCUCGACUUAGAGCUAAAGUGUAAGACAGGUCCCGAGAACACCAGCGAGGAGGAGUUAGAGGAAACCUGGAAGCAGAUGGUAUCCAACAACACGUCAUCGGCCUUAGAGAUUCUGGCCAGGAGAAUGGCGGCCAGAAAGACUGAGGAACACAGAGACAGGAUGAAGGACUGGAACGACGAACCGGAGAGCCCCUUCUGGAAGAGAGUCGUGCAGGCUAACGUGAUCCUUUUGUUCCUGCUUCUCAUUAUCGCGCACGUCUAUUUUGCCUGAUGACUCAGGACGCACCCUUCCCAGACUGCCAAGUGUUUCCUUUACAGAGACCCAACAAUACGGGGCCAACACUGAACACUGGCUCGAAGGCUAUGCGGCAAGCACUAACAACUGGCGCGCAUGCGUGGACAAGAGACAAAGCCGUCCUUGUGUUUACAAACUACGCCAGUGGAGGACAGCAGCUCCUCUCCCAGGCGAAUCCUCGUCUCUAAAUUUCUUAGGUGAUACAGGCUUUCCUUUUUAACUUUAAUGCUGGCUUAAAAAAAAAAAAACUAUGAUAUUUUGGAAUAUAUUUAAAAAAAUAUCUCCCCACUCAAUAUGGCUUUUCUGUCUCUGCAUCUGGGAAGCGCGGCCGAGCGGAAGGAAGUCCAGCUCCACUCUUGCCUGUAGGCUCUCGCCCACAGGCGUUGAACCAAUGUCGACGCCCACUCAGGCUACCAAGGAGCGACAGCUACCUCCUGGAUGCAAACUUCAGCUGGUCAGGGAUGCUCUAAAGGAAUUGGUUCUUAAACCACGACCACCAACUGGCUUCUGUUGCUCUGGUUCCCUAGAGGGUAGAGGGAGGGUCCACUCCUUUGCUAUAUCUCUUCUUAGCCACACCCCGUUUCUUACAAUAAGGGGAGGAGGGCGCUCUGGGUGAGAUUCUUUUUAGCCUAUACGGCCAGGCACUCCUGGGCUAUGUCUCUAUGGGAAUUCCCUAAACUUCUCUUUCUUCAUCUCGGAUCAUAAUAAAUGAUGUGUCGUUA